AUGUUUCUCAUUUCUUUAUUUCGUAUCAGGAUGGAAAUAACUAUUAAGUUGUUCAUAUGGGUUUCAUUGAGAGAGCGGAUGCGCGCGCGAGCUCCUCUGAAUCCAUGCGUCGAGGUCAUUCAGCAUAGUGUGCGCCAGGAGUAACCACAAGUGCCAUCUAAAUAGGCUGUUUCAUCAUGUCAGGUCCACCAUCAUCACCUCCGUCGGGCCAGAAACCUGCUCUGAAGUCCACUGGAACGACCAGCAGGUUUCAGGUGGAUCGCGUGGCAGAGGCGGCUGCUGCUGCUGCAGCUGCUGCAAGCGGAUCUCCAAAAACUCCACCAGCUCAGAGAUCUGGUAAAGCAGCGGAGGGGUCGGCUACUGCAAGUGGAGAGGAGGCCAAGGGUCGAUUUCGUGUCGUGAACUUUUUGGACCCGACAGGUGCUCCUGCAGAUGGGGGGUCAGAUGUGGCGUUUGAAGGCGAUACGGUGCGCAGCGAAGCCAGUCUGCACUCCUCUACAGGGGGUCUCAGCCAUUUCUCAGACACACACUCCAGUACAUAUUAUAUGCGAACCUUCGGCCAUAACACCAUCGAUGCCGUACCAAAUAUCGAUUUCUACCGGCAAACGGAGGCGCCUCUCGGAGAGAAGCUUAUUCGGCCAUCACUAUCUGAACUUCAUGAUGAACUUGAUAAAGAACUUUUUGAGGAUGGCUUAGCAAAUGCGGAGGAGACAGCGGCUGCAAAUGAGGCCACGUUAAAGGACGUGCCCGAGUCCAAAGGGGGCACAGUGAAGUUUGGGUGGAUAAAGGGUGUCCUUGUACGAUGUAUGUUGAACAUCUGGGGAGUGAUGCUCUUCAUUCGAAUGUCAUGGAUUGUUGGUCAAGCUGGCAUUGCUCUGUCAUGUGCUAUCGUUCUAAUGGCAGUUUUGGUGACUACUAUCACUGGUCUUUCUACGUCAGCAAUAGCCACCAAUGGCUUUGUGCGAGGAGGUGGGGCAUAUUACCUGAUAUCUAGGAGUUUGGGUCCAGAGUUUGGUGGAUCCAUUGGCCUCAUUUUUGCCUUCGCCAAUGCUGUUGCUGUCGCCAUGUAUGUUGUGGGUUUUGCUGAAACUGUGGUAGAACUCCUUGAUAGUGUAGACGCUCUCAUCACAGAUGAGAUAAAUGACAUCCGUAUAGUUGGCACCCUAACCAUCAUCUUACUGCUUGGCAUAUCUAUGGCAGGAAUGGAAUGGGAGGCUAAGGCCCAGAUUGUGCUGUUGAUCAUUCUUUUGGCAGCAAUUUUUAACUACUUUAUCGGUUCAUUCAUCCCCAUGGAAUCAAAAGAGCCCCAAGGAUUCUUUGGAUAUAAUGCUGCAAUUAUGAUGGAGAACAUGGGUCCAGAUUUUAGAGAUGAGGAAACAUUUUUUUCGGUUUUUGCAAUCUUCUUCCCUGCUGCAACUGGCAUAUUAGCAGGAGCUAAUAUCUCAGGGGAUCUCUUAGAUCCACAGUCUGCCAUUCCAAAAGGAACCUUACUGGCUAUUCUCAUUACUGGGAUUGUAUAUAUUGCAAUCACUGUGUCUAAUGGUUCUUGCAUUUUACGGGAUGCAACAGGUGAUGCAAAUGACACCAUGAUAGGCUCUCUUGAGAAUUGCACAGAUGCAGCUUGUACACUUGGUUAUGACUUCUCCAUUUGCAAAGAAGGGGGCUGCAAGUAUGGGCUACAGAAUGAUUUCCAGGUCAUGAGCUUGGUGUCUGUUUUUGGACCGCUAAUCACAGCUGGAAUCUUCUCUGCCACUCUCUCAUCAGCUCUUGCAUCUUUAGUCAGUGCUCCCAAAGUAUUUCAGGCUUUGUGUAAGGAUAACAUCUACCCAGGCUUACGGGUUUUUGCUAAAGGCUAUGGCAAGAACAAUGAACCCCUGCGUGGCUAUGUCCUAACUUUCAUCAUUGGUCUGGCUUUUAUACUAAUUGCUGAGCUAAAUGUCAUUGCUCCCAUCAUUUCCAACUUUUUUUUGGCCUCUUAUGCCUUGAUCAAUUUCUCUGUCUUCCAUGCAUCGUUGGCUAAUUCGCCAGGAUGGCGUCCAAGUUUUAAAUACUACAAUAAAUGGGUAUCACUGGCAGGAGCUGUGCUGUGCUGUGUGGUUAUGUUCGUGAUCAACUGGUGGGCUGCCCUCCUUACUAAUGUCAUUGUUCUGGCACUCUAUAUUUAUGUAAGCUACAAGAAACCAGAUGUAAACUGGGGCUCAUCCACACAAGCUCUUAUGUACAACCAGGCACUGUCACACUGUCUGCAUCUCACUGGUGUAGAAGAUCAUAUCAAGAACUUCAGACCUCAGUGUCUAGUAAUGAUUGGUGCCCCAAAUGCAAGACCAGCACUACUUCAUCUAGUGCAUGCUUUCACAAAAAGCAUGGGCCUAAUGAUCUGUGGCCAUGUUCGUAUGGGUUCCAGAAGACCAAACUAUAAGGAUAUUAUGAAUGACCAAGUGCGUUAUCAACGCUGGCUUCUAAAGAAAAGGAUCAAGGCUUUUUAUAAUCCAGUGUUUGCUGAGGAUCUGAGACAUGGAGCCCAAUAUUUAUUACAAGCUUCUGGUUUGGGUCGUUUAAAGCCAAACACAAUGAUACUUGGAUACAAAAACAAUUGGAAGGAUGGUGAAAUGAAAGAUGUGGAAAUAUAUAUCAACACCAUUCAUGACGCUUUUGACCUUCAGUAUGGUGUGGUCAUCUUAAGACUAAAGGAGGGUUUAGACAUUUCCCACAUCCAAGGCCAGGAUGAAUUUCUGUCUUCCACUGAGAAAGCACCUGGGAUGAAGGAAAUGUUGGUGGCUAUUAACAUAGGAAAAGAUACGGAUGAUUCAUUGAAACUAUCAUCCAGUGGUCAAAGCAGUCCACUCAUUAUCAAAGACACCAAGAGUCCUCCGGGUCAGCUUAGCAUUGCAGAUGAAAAACUCCUGGCAGCUAGUCAGCAGUUCAAAAAGAAGCAGUGCAAGGGAACCAUUGAUGUGUGGUGGCUGUUUGAUGAUGGAGGGCUGACAUUGCUGAUACCAUAUUUGUUGACUAACAAGAAAAAAUGGGCGGAUUGCAAGAUUCGUGUCUUCAUUGGUGGAAAGAUAAACAGGAUUGAUCAUGACCGCAGAGCAAUGGCAACAUUACUGAGCAAGUUCAGAAUUGACUUCUCUGACAUUACUGUUCUUGGAGACAUCAACAUAAAGCCACAGAAACACAAUAAAGAGAAAUUUAAGGAGAUGAUUGAGCCAUACAGACUGAAGGAGGAGGAUAUGGAGCAGGAGGAUGCUGAGAAGUUGAAGGCAGAGGAGCCAUGGAGGAUUACUGAUAAUGAACUAGAAUUGUACAAGUCCAAGACAAAUCGCCAAAUAAGAUUGAAUGAAUUGCUAAAGGAGCACUCAAGCACAGCAAACCUCAUUGUCAUGAGCAUGCCUCUUGCCAGGAAAGGAACAGUGUCUAGUGCUCUGUACAUGUGCUGGCAGGAAACACUGUCAAAUGGUCUUCCACCAAUUCUGCUUGUAAGAGGAAACCAUCAGAGUGUCCUAACUUUCUAUUCAUAAAAUACAGUCAUGCCUUUACCAUUUUACAAGUACAAAGAAAAGGACACCAUUACAAUCAUUAGAGCGUUGUAGUAUGGUGCACGCUGAUUAUGUCCAGUGUUGCAAAAGCUUUAUUCAUUUUUACAUAAAAAAUGUGAAGACAGUUUAACAAACCAAUAUUCUAUUUUAAAUGUUUUUCUUAUUUUUUUUGUUGGGUCACAUUUUGAAACGAUUUUUGGUAAAAGCUGAUCAGGUGCCUGUCUUGAGGCAAUAUUAGGAUCUAGACUGAAAUGAAAAAGAAAAAAAAACUAUCAUUGAAAUGUUUUGCAAUGCCACAAAUUUUAUUACACUGAAUUUACAUAAAAGAUAGAGUUUAACCAUUAUGUCUACAUACAUUUUCCAGGAUGGUAAGCAGAAUACAGCCUGCAUUCAUGCAGUGGUGGACAGAAACAAUAUAUAUAUAUAUAUAUAUAUAUAUAUAUAUAUAUAUAUAUAUAUAUAUAUAUAUAUAUAUAUAUAUACACAUUUUUAACUUAAUUACAUUGUUAAAAAAGUCUUUUUUUUGUUAAAAACAAAUCUGUUCUUUAUCUGAGGUUUAGGUUGGGAAACUUUUAUUUCACUUCAUUUGAAUGCAUAAUAACAUAAAAGUUUAGUUAAAUUAAAAAGUUAAAUUGUAACCUGUCCUGAGACCACAAGCAUAUCCAAUCAGGUGAGAAAAAACUCUUCUUGAAAAGGUAUGAUGUGCAGGAGAAUGGAAGAUUGAACUAAUUUUCAUAGAUCGGUACUUUUACAUUUAAUACUCAAGUCCAUUCAAAAGCAGAUACUUUUGAACUUUUACUCAACCUCAGUAAUGGUGUACUUCGUCCACCACUGCAUUCAUGUGAUAAUUCAUUUUAUUCUGCUGCUGCAUUAAUGGUUUUUACACAAUCCCUGAUACCAACAAUGUCAUCUAACAUUCAGCUGUCAGUUACAACAGCUUUACCGAUUUUGUACUUACAAGACAUAACAAUUAUGUACAUGAUGACUUUCCAAGAAAGAGCACUGCUAAAUGGAUAUUGUUUGUAUUUGCAACACUGAACUGAUUAAAUAAUUGUGUUUAUUUUAACAACA